AUUUAACCAACCUGGAGAUUUAUUGCCAUUGACGGUUGACACCUGUUGCACGGUUCCUUCUUCUUACACACAUUAUUCCCUCAUUUAAUUCCCGUCUUCCGGAAACCUCGCAGAAAUGGCUAGCCAAGGUGUCAAUGUCCUCCGUUACUCGGCUCUCGUUGCUGGUCUCGUCUACGGUGUUUACCACCAGUCCUCUCUCAACUCGGUUACCAAGCGCGCAGAGAUCGAGCACGAGUAUGCUCGCAAGGAGCGCCUGAUCGAGCAGGCCAAGGCCGAAUACAAGAAGAAGACCCAGCCCCAGCAAGAGACCAAGACACAGACCAGCGGACUUAUCACGAAUUUCGAGGACCCCAAGUUCGACCUGGAGGCCUUCUUGAAGGCUAAGGUUUAAAUAUGAUGGAUGG